CUGGAAUUCGAGCGGGGAAGUGACGCUUUCUUCCAAAGGCUUUCCCCAUCCGUAUCCGCCGGAACACAGAACUUCGUGCAAUUGGAGUCCCUUGAUGUCAGUCAACAGCAGCUUUGCCACCACCUCUCCUGAUUCUCUUCUCUGCUGCACUUGGCGACCAUAUCGGCCGUCAGGGAAAGAAAUGCCAACGGGAUGAGGGGAUCGUAGGCCAUGUAGAUACAAAAUGUAAAAUGUUUACGAUUUCAUCGACACAUUGAUGUGCAGUUUGCUUCUCGGUUAUCGCAGUUAUGGUCCCAGUCGUAUCCCGUCCGUGUGUUUUAUCCACCACCGUCUCUAGCCUCGGGAAAAUGUACCCGACUAUUCUUGAUAGCAUUUUUUUCGCAAACAAAAGAAGACACCCGAAAAAACAAUAAAAGAGCACGACAGAAGGAUCGAUCCAGGUGCCCCCACCUCAUGGAGAAGGUUGGCAAGGUGUGGAGCAACCUGAAGAAGGGAUGUCAAUCUCUGCUCCACACAGAUGGGGGUUCUCGCAUUGAAACGCCACCACAGCUUCAACCGCAAACAGACACGGUAUGCCAGAGUGUGGACAAGGCCCAGGGAGACAGCACAUUGGAGGCUGCAAGUACAUCUAGUAGUGUGGCAGCACUCCCUCUAGUGGCAUGGAGGACCGGUGGGAGUGUGACACGACAGGGCCAUAACUGUGUAGUGGAUGUACCCCAGAUACUAGAGAUCACAGUCGAGCAGGAUACUGAAGAUGCUCGUGCUCCUCUGGGAGCCCGCAGAGACUCUUAUUCACGUCAUGCACCUUGGAGUGGAAAGAAGAGGCACUCAUGUUCCACUAAGGCUCAGAGUUCUCUAGAGACCACAGAUCGGCGAUCAGGCCGGUCUCGGCGCAGACAUGGGACUGGUACCAGCCGUGAGGAGUUGGAGCCAGGGGCAGCACGCUCAAUCCGGCAGCAGAUCCAUGAUACAGUGGGCCUGUGCCUCCCGCUGCGCUCAUCCUCUCGGAACAGUCACCUUCCACUACCCAAACGUAAGAUACAAAUCACAGAGUUGAUGCUGGAGACGUGCCCCUUCGCACCAGGAUCAGACCUUGCCCGAAAAUGGCACCUCAUUAAACAGCACACCGCACCAGUCACAGUGACACCAGUAGAUUCAUCCUCAGAUGCUUGUGGUGCUGCCUGUGCCUCACCGGAAGAUGAGGAAGAGCGCUUGCGAGAAAGAAGACGACUUAGCAUCGAGGAAGGUGUGGACCCACCUCCAGAUGCCCAAAUCCACACAGUGGAGGCCAUCACAGCUCCUCUGGCUUCUCUUUAUAAGCUGGGACCCAAGUUGGCCCCUGGAAUGGGUGAAACCCUAGGCGAUAGCCGGGGGGCAACAGCAGCAAACUGUGACUCUGAGGACGAUGAUACCACCACUCUUUGCUUGCAAGCUCGCAGGCCCAAGCAGCGACACGCUUCGGCUGAGGGUCUCCUGAGCAGCAAGCAGCCAGGUCCUUGGAAAGUACACACUCAGAUUGACUACAUCCACUGCUUGGUUCCAGAUCUGUUACAGAUCACAGCACUUCCCUGCUACUGGGGUGUGAUGGACCGUUAUGAGGCUGAAGCUCUGCUGGAUGGUCGGCCCGAGGGUACCUUUCUGCUGCGGGACUCUGCGCAAGAAGACUACCUGUUCUCCGUUAGCUUCCGCCGCUAUGGCCGUUCGCUGCAUGCACGUAUUGAGCAGUGGAAUCACAACUUCAGCUUUGAUGCGCACGACCCUUGCGUGUUCCACGCAGCCACAGUCACGGCACUCUUGGAACACUACAAGGAUCCUAGCGCUUGCAUGUUCUUUGAGCCGUUGCUCACCGUGCCUCUGCACCGGACCUUCCCAUUCGGCCUGCAAAGCCUUGCUCGAUCAGCCAUUUGCAAUGGGAUCACCUACGAUGGCAUCGGGGCACUGCCACUGCCCCCUGCUCUGCAGGACUACCUCAGGGAGUAUCACUAUAAGCAGAGGGUGCGCGUACGCUGGCUUGAGAGGGAGCCAGUCAAGGCCAAGUGAGGCAGGGCAGAUACUUCUCAGCUCUCCAACAGGAGUAGUCCAUUCAGCACUUUGCAGAGGUGGAGGAAUUACAUUUUUUGUUUGUGGGGGGCAAGGGGUUGGAGAUAUGAAUGGAGGGACCUGAAAUCGAACACAAUAUAUAAGCUUCUAUCAUUUUUGUUAUCACUCUAGCAAACAAAGAAAUUACAUAUACAGUGGGCUCUCCAGUGUGCACAUUUCACUACAGCUUCUGGACUAGGAUGAAGCAGCAGAGGUCUUGGUGUCAUUUUCCCUUCUCCCUCAGUUCCCUAGGGGGAAUCUGCAGAUACAGAUAUUAUGCCCUUCCAUUCUUUCACCGCUUGACUAUGUGGUUUAUAGCCAUUUCACUUUAUUUGUGUUGUACCGUUCACCUCCGCACCUUCAAUUCCCAAUUGCAUUGUUAACAUUUAUUAAAAGAAAUAUUGCGGACAAAUUCUGAGGGGAGGGGAAAUGAAGGGUGAUGUUCAACUAUUGCUUUUCCCAGCUUCUUUCAUCAUCCUUAGCUUUCAUGGUGCUCUGUCAGUGGUUCCCAUGGUAACAUUCUGCGCUCAUCCUGUGGUUAGAGGAGGAGGCAUUCUAGAGCAGGAAAUAGAAAGGCUUUCACCCUGCUCGCAGAGAACGAGACAGAAAUCCAUGAAAGAUGGAUUGACCUUAAACUAAGGUGUCCAGACAGCUUUUGGGAAUGCGUUGCAGUGGAGAGAAGGGCUCUGUGACGUUCUGCUUCCUUGCGCUUCCAGGAAGCGAUAAGGAUGACGGUGCACAACGUGACGCGGUGUGAUGUGAGAGCGCUUGGUUUUCAAAAAAACAUAGUUACUCACACUCUGCGUUCUGUUGCUGUCAGUAUGUUUUGUAAUCAUUAAUUCCUACCACUAAUUGCACAGGGGGGGGUGACUAAUUCUGUGUUGUCUUUUUGUAUUGUUUUGAAUGGUCUAUCAGUGCCCUGGAAGUUGGGCGCUGAUUGAGAGCACUUUAACUUAACUGUGCUUAUGUUAGUGGGUGCAGCAGAGGCAAUACAUAAACCUGCUACACUGGGACCAUUGUUGUUAGGCAUAAACACCCUCCUAUAUAGGAAUAAACACUCUAUGCUCACUUCGUCUAACCCACGUUGUUCUAGAGAGGACAGAGUAAGAGUUUGAGGUGACCCUUUGAGUGCCAUUGGGUUGGGUCAGGCUGCCUUGCUUGGCUUGAUUUUGGGAUUGAUCUGUAGUACAUUUAUCAGAUUCUUUUUCGAAAGCAACUGGAGGAAGGUUCUGGAUUUAAAUAAGAGUAUAAUCACAUUAUUGGCCUCUAGGCCAAGACCAGCUUCUUGAUCACUUUAGAACAGGGGUGCCCAAACUCAGUCCUUGAGGGCUGGUGUCCUGUAAGAGUUUAGCUCCAGCUUGCCUCAACACACCUGCCAGGACGCUUCUAGUAUGCCUAGUAAGAGCUUGAUUAGCUGGUUCAGGUGUGUCUAAUUGGAGUUGGAGCUAAACUCCAGGACCGAGUUUGGGCACCUCUGCUUUAUAAUCAGUCAUAUCCACACUUGAAUUUCUUUGACUAAGUAAGAGAUUUCAAAUGCAGUAGGUGUUUUUUGAUGAAUGCUGCAAAAAGGAAAAAACAGAUUUAUAACUCUCGUACCAUUCACCCCAUCUGUUUAAUCUCAAACAAGAUCACUUAAGCAGGGUGCCUUCAUACAUCUAAAGCUUUUAGUUCAUCAUAUGGUGCAUUCAGUGGAUGUUACUAAAGGUGGUCCAAUUGGAAAAGACAUCCUUUCCAAUGACUGUUCCUGCGCUGAGUGCCAAUGGCGCUGUUAGACAUCCUCUUCACAGGCCUGGUGCUGAUGUAUGAUGCAUUUUAAGUACUGCUAGGGAUAUGACUAUUGAUUCCCACAUCUUUCUGACUUGUUUUCAAUUGAGGAGAUCAGGUAGAACUGCCAAAUGCUAAGCUCAGGCUCGCAACACCUAAAUAGCAGUGUGGUACCGUGCGACUAUAACCAGCUUUGUGUGUAUGUGUGUGAGUGUGCUGCACUGCCCCUGACCUCCCUGUCAACCGUAAGAGACUUCUGCUGACGUGUAAAGUUUUGUGCUAUCCACUCCUCCCAGGCAACACUAAUCCACAGUCUAUCCUGAUGCAUUUAAAGUCGUCUUCCUGCACGUUAUCCCGUUGAGUCUUUUUUCCUUGCACAAGGAUGUCGGGAAGAAUUCAAAGACCCGAGGAGGAAACUUUGGGGCGACGCCGACUCACCACUGUGUGGUUUGAUCUCUCACCUCCUCUCUUUCUGUAAGGUGUGGGUGAAAUUAGUGCAAUUUAGACAGAGCCUUGACUUAGAUGGAGGUUGUGAAGCAGGGCUCAGGUUGACAUGGCAUCUGAAGGGGCCAGCUGUCCUGCUUACGCUCACCUGUAAAAGUGUCAUGCUUGGCUUCGCUCCAGACACUCCUCACUGCACUAACUCAUGAAACUUGACGUGUACCUACCUAUACCUGUGUGUACCAAUUUUCAUCAGGGGUGGAACAUUUGCUCAGUCAGAUGGGGGCGGAGAUGGGGUCCUGAUGCCUCUUCUCUCCCCCCUUUGUUUUCCCUAGUUUUACUAAAGACGUAAUGGUUUAAAAUAGAUAUCUAUCUAUAUAUAUAUUGAUACAGAUUUUAAAAUGAAAUAUUUUUAAUAUUAGUAACUGUAAAGAAAUGCAAUAAUAUUCUUGGGCUUAGCUCUAACGGUGACCCAUGUGAAAACUGAUGUGAAGACGGUCUCCUUCAGGUUAGGAUCAUUCUGUUCACAUCAUGACAAAAAAUGGAUAUGGUGCAAUGUGUCAUAAAGGUGUGAGGGAGAAACUAUAGAUUAAUGUGACCAAAGGUUUAGGUUUGGAGAAAAAUUGUCAAUGAAAUAGCUUUUAGACAUCAUCCUUAUAAAAUGAUUACAAAAAUGUUCCAAGUUAAACAUUUUCCAAGGACUAGUUUAGACCCUAAAGGUGCUAAUUGGCUCACUGUAUGGAUUUAUUAACUUUCAGAAGUGCCUUUUCUUAAAUUUUCUCACCCUUUCCCUCAAGUAACCCAACUUUAGUGAUCCCCAGUCUAGUUAAUUUGCAUGUUGCAGCAAAUGAAAGCAAAAUUCCCUGUUGUAGAAAAUGCAACGAAAACAUAUGCAUUAGUUUUAUUUGUUUUUAUACAAGUGUGUAGUUGUGCCCCGCAAGAAAGUUGAAAAUAUCACAAAGAAUUAGCCAACACAAGCUUUUAAUUCCUCAUAAUUUAGUACCCAAUUUAAGGUCUGGAUUUGCUGAUUAUCUGUUCACCAGAACAAUGUAGUUAAAUGUAAUUAUGACAUAUUUAUAGACUAUCAGGUGUAUGAUUGACUCAAGUGAUCGGUUAGCAUGGAUGAAGACUUUAUAACAAAGCAAGAGAUUCUCAGAUGCAUUACUAAGGUGUAGAUUGACAGGCUCAAUAUAUGCCCGUCAAUAAUCCUUGCUGGAGUAGCUGGAGUUUCUUUUAGAAAAAAAUGUUAAAAUGUUAAGAGAAAGUCAUUUUGUGUGCAAAGCCUUGCACAUUACCAACAGGAAAGGUUUUCUGUUCAAUGUUAUUUGAUGUUUCUGUACACAAACUAUAGGGAGACGUUGUGUUCAACAAUGUUUAGACAGAAAUAAAAGACUGACUGGUUGUCUGACUUGUAUUAAAUUCUGUUGAAUCUGUUUCAGAUUCAAUAAAUCACAAGCAUCACAUGGUAACUAUGUUACCGUAAAGCUCUAUAUGCACAUUUGUUUUAGAGAAAGGGGCUGAAGGUGAGGUUUAGGACUGGGUGACAGCACUUGACAAUGAUUAGACUAAAGAUGACUUUUGUGCCACCCAUGACCUGCCUCUGUAUUGGACCCUUGGGACUAGCCCCUCAAAACACUUGCUGAAACAUGCACCAUGGAUUAUCUGGAGUGACGUGGUUAUCACUGUCUCUCACCAUAUUAUAUGUUUCAGUUAUUAUUAUUUUUUUUAUACACUGCCCAAGGUUUGUAUUGUACAAUGUAAUUACUCGCACUUGAUGUCCUUUCUCUUAUCUUUCCUUCAUUCUCUCUUAUGUAAAGUUAAUGGUCCCUACUCCCAGGCUGUUACUAAGUUGCUCUGUUGUAUUAUUUUGUUUGACUUUGGGUUACAGUUUGCUGUUUUUGGGGGGCAGAGGGUUGCCGCUCUGCUUGCCCCUCUUUCACCAGUACCUGUCACUCUUGGUGCUCUUGGCUUAUGCUUCAUUGUCUUAAUAUUCAAAAAUAAAAGUGUUGUAUGUGUAA